AUGGACCUGGACCUCGAGGAGAUCGACAGAAGCAUGACCUUCCACCCAUCCGAAGCCUGCGUGGUAUCCUGCGGCACCGUGACGAUAGACCCGGCCGCGUGCAAGGUGCUCCUCAUCUGGAACCGCCACCUCAACAUCUACCAACUGCCCAAGGGCCGCAAGAACAUUGGCGAGGACAUGCUCUCGGCGGCGCUGCGGGAAACAUACGAGGAGACGGGCGUUCACGCAACCCCCUUACGGCUGAAGAUAGCCACCCGAGCCACCCCGCCAUCCGACAAGGACGAGGACGAGGGCGGCAACGGCGGCGAUGUCGGGUUGAGGCCCACCCGGGAGGUGACCGAGGGCCGGCUCAGCACCGAGUUCAUCGGCUGCUGCCGGUAUCCGGACCCGCAGUCGUCGACGCCGGCGGACAAGGUCGUCUUCUACUAUGCGGCCAUCGCGGACUCGGCGGUGCCGCGGGGCGCCGGGACGCCCCGGGAUCGGAAGAAGCUGAAGGAGGUCUGGGCGCCGGCGGCCGAGGCGGCCACGUUGCUGCGGUUCAGGGCCGAGGCGGAUAUCGUCCGGAAGGCGUUGGAGGAUGCGAGGCGGUCGGGCUAUCAGAUGGCGGGAUGA